AUGACUUCCUCUCUCCUGCUGUUCGUCGCAAGCUUAAUUGUGGGAGUCGUCGGUGCCGAAAUUCCGCGUGCUUGUGUCGGUGAAGAGAACCAGAAGUUUCCGUUUUGCAACACCUCACUGUCCACUACAGAGCGCGUUGAAGACCUUUUGGCGCGCUUACCAUUGGAUGAGAAGGCUAUUCUGCUAACAGCUCGCGCAAGUCCCCGCGGAAACAUGACAAGCAUCGGACUACCAGAGUAUAACUGGGGUGCUAACUGCGUGCACGGCGUUCAAUCAACGUGUGGUACCAAUUGCCCGACAUCGUUUCCGAAUCCUGUGAAUAUGGGCGCGAUUUUUGACCCUGACGCAGUGCGUGAGAUGGCACAAGUCAUUGGUUGGGAACUCCGUGGACUGUGGCUCGAAGGUGCGACCGAGAACUACAAAGGAGGACCUCACCUCGGAUUGGACUGCUGGUCGCCCAACAUUAACAUCAACCGAGAUCCUCGAUGGGGCCGCAACACGGAGACACCAUCCGAGGACCCGCUCAUAAACAGCAAGUACGGUGUUGCGUACACUAGAGGUCUUCAAGAAGGCAAAAGAGAAGAUCCGCGAUACCUCCAGGCAGUCGUUACGCUCAAGCACUACAUCGCUUAUUCCUACGAGAAUUACGGUGGUGGUAACCGGAAGGAGUUCGAUGCUAUCGUGUCGCCUUACGACUUCGCGGACACGUACUUCCCCGCUUUCCGUUCCUCGAUCGUGGACGGCAACGCAAAGGGCGUCAUGUGCUCAUACAACAGCAUCAAUGGGGUGCCAACAUGUGCGAAUAAUGCCUUGGAGAACGACCUGCUACGGAACAAACUCGGAUUUGACGGCUAUAUAACCAGUGACUCUGGAGCUAUCGAAGCCAUCUCUGAUCGACACCACUACGUUGCCACACGCUGUGAAGCUGCACGAAUUGCCAUCCUUGCAGGCACUGAUGUGAAUAGCGGCAGGCUCUUCGGAUACAUGGCAUGUUUACCAGACCUUGUACGAAGCAACAAGCUCGAAGAGAAGGCGCUCGACGACGCUCUACGUCACACACUGAAACUCCGCUUUGAACUCGGUCUCUUCGACCCCAUUGAUGACCAACCGUACUGGCACGUGAAGCCGAGCGACGUGAACACACCCGAGGCCAAGCAGCUGAGCCUUGAUCUCGCUAGAAAAUCCAUCGUUCUGCUCCAGAAUAACGACUCGGUGUUGCCACUGCGCAAGGGGACAAAGCUGGCAGUCUUGGGACCUCAUGCCCAGUCCAAACGGGGACUGAUAGGUAACUAUCUUGGCCAAAUGUGUCAUGGUGGAUACAACGAAGUGGGGUGCAUCCAAACGCCCAUGGAGGCUGUCUCUGUUGCGAAUGGUGCUGCUAGCACAACGUAUUCUCUUGGUUGCAACAUAUCGGGCAAUUCAACGGCUGGGUUCGAUGAAGCUGUGAAGGUUACGCGAGAGGCUGACGCGGUUGUGCUCUUCCUUGGCAUUGAUACAUCGAUCGAGGAGGAAGUGAACGACCGCAACGAUAUCAAGCUACCAAGCAUUCAAAUGCAACUUCUCGAGCGUGUCCGAGCUGUAGGCAAACCUACCGUUGUGGUGCUUAUCAAUGGCGGCGUGAUAGGGGCUGAAGACAUCAUCUUGCAAACGGAUGCACUCGUGGAGGCCUUUUACCCUGGUUUCUUCGGAGCACUUGCCAUGGCCGAUGUUCUGUUCGGUGACACAAACCCUGGUGGCAAACUGCCUGUAACGAUGUACCGUUCGGACUAUGUUGACUUCGUGGACAUGAAGAGUAUGAAUAUGACUGCGUUCCCCGGUCGAUCGUAUCGGUACUUUAAGGGCCAGCCAGUAUUCCCGUUCGGAUGGGGCCUCAGCUACACAACGUUCUCGCUUUUGGUCAACAAUCAAGCAAACGUCACAAAGGUGGUUUCAAACGCUUCGAACGCUACGAUCUCGGUGGUGCUUUCAAAUAUUGGCUCGGUUGCUGGUGACGAAGUUGUAUUCGCCUACUUCAGACCGAUAAGCACGGGGGCAACGGGUACUGCCACAUUACUGAACAAGCAGUUAUUCGACUACCGUCGUAUGGCACUGCAGCCUUCGAAGAGCACUGAGCUGAGCUUUACAAUACAACGAAGCACGCUUGCGCUCGUGGACGACCAAGGAAACCUAGUGAGUUUUCCAGGGUCGUACGAAAUCAUCAUCAGCAAUGGCGCCCACGAGCAUCAGACAGUUGGAAUAAUGGUGGAGGGCGAGCAAGAAAUUAUUCGCGCACACAUUUAG